GAUAAAAUAAAGAGCCUCAAAACUUGGGAAUGUCAUGUUUGUUUGAUUAAAAAAAUAAAACAAAGUGUCUACUGUUCAAAGAGAUCAUGAAGUGGGAGAAGGUGCAAGUCAAAGGAAAUAUCCCACCAGGAGUAGCAGCCCACUCAGCUGUGGCUUUGGGAAAGAACAUCUAUAUCUUUGGGGGAAUGACAGCAGAAGGAGCGACCAACUCCAUGUAUAGAUUCAACACUGACAAAAGCAGAUGGGUCCUUAUGAAGUUUGAAGGGGAUAUGCCCCCCAACCGCCUGGACCACUCCAUGUGUUUAUUGCCCUGGACGGUGCAUGCUGAGGGGAAUGGAGAUAAGGAGCAGGCCGACUGCCCAACAGCCUCAGAGACAAUACAUUUGGCCUUUGUAUUUGGAGGGAUGGAUACCCAGGGUGUCAUUCAUAAUGACUGUGUUGUGACUGUGGUUUCAUGAUGAUGUAAUACUCACUAAAGUUUAAAGAAAUUGUUUUUAAGAACUCUUCUGUCUUGAUUAAAUCAACAAACCCAAGAUACAUUUUUUAAUUCUAUGAAUACUGAAAUGGCGGGUUUCCAAGUUUGGAGCUCUUGAGAAUUCAUCUUAGUGCUACAAAAGGCUGAAAUAUUGAUUGUGACCAGGUACACUAUGAAAUGACAGACACCAGAUUUGGAUUUUUUUAUCAAACAUUUAUUUCAAUGUCUUUCCAGAAGUACAACGACCAGAUUCAAUAAAUAACUUUUAGCCUUGACUGUGGACAUAAUGAGUCCUUGAUCCCACAGACUUCCAACUCAAAUGACCCACUAACACCUGCCCCAACCCACCCACUAAGUCCCUCCCCACAACAUCACCCCAACAGGACUGCCUGAGAACAGCAGCAGCAAGCCUCAUAUCCAGGCUGACGAAUAUCUCCGCCUUCCAGCGAAGAGAACACCUCUCACACA